AUGACGUUCCGUGUCUUUGACGACCGGGUGCUGGGAUCAAUCUUUGUGGUGGCUCUCAUCUGUACGCCAAUAGCCAUCUUGGUCACUGUUCUCCGAUUUGUUGCCACGAGAAAGUCCCAGCGGAAAAUCGGCUGGGAAGACUACUUGGCGUUGCUGGCCUUACUGUUCAACUUGGGGUUCAACAUCAUGGAGUUGUGGAGUGAGUCCAACCUAGGGCAGGCAACGUGGCCGCCUGCCUCGAUCUCCAUCGUAUCACAUUCAACGCUGACAGAUCUUCGUCUCAAACGGGUAAAACCCUCUGCAAUAUGCCCAUCUUCCCUACGACACAAUCCGGCGCAUUCUGAAAGUGGGAUAUUUGACAAACUUCAUGUUCCCUUUGAACCAGACCUGUGCGAAGCUCAGCCUGUUGAUCCUCUACUAUCGCAUAUUCUCCUCGAGCAGGGCCUUCACGCGCUGAGUUUGGGGCGUGGCUCAAUCAACUCGGCCGUGGACUUUGUCAUGGUAGGCAUGGCCAUAUAUAUGGUACGGAAGUUGCAAGUAUCGACGCGCAACAAGUGGAGACUGAGUGUUGUCUUUGCCCUUGGUGAUUUGACUGGCCUUAUCGGAUUUGUGAAAAUCGGGGAUUCUUAUUCAUCAGUUGGUUUCAGUGGCCUUGAUGCAGUUUGGGACAUUCUCCAGAUGUGCGCGAGCAUCAUCUGUUGUUGCACACCUAUUUACAGGGUGUUGCUAUCAAAUGUCAAUCUCUUUGGCUCUGUCAAGUCCAUGUUUCGCUCUCUUGUGCGCAGCACCGACUGGAGGCUGCUGUCGGGCAAGGAGUCUGCCAAAAGUACUGGAACUGGACAAAGCAUGGACACAGAGAGGUUGCCCCCACCUCGCCACUUGGGCCUUUACAAUGGAUCUAGUACAGCGGAGCUAGCUUGGACAGAGGUCGAAGCUGGCAACCAUGGGAACUGGUCUUCUGGGGCGAAAGAAGGGCAAGCCUCGUACCCGAUGCAGGCGGUACAGGUCCAGAGGACCUUUGAGGUGGUCUAG